AUACUAGCAAAAUGAAGUUAACAACCACCGUGUCCAAAAACGAGUCAACAUUUACUCCUUUCCUACCGGUGAGCAUCAUCUGUCGGUUAAGCCGCAGUAAUCUUCGAAAACACCAAAUUACCAACUUUCUCACACACGCGUCUACCUCUCUCUAACUAUUCUGAUUUCUCAUCAUCAACCUUCAUUUUCUCUCUCCUCUCCUUCUUCCAUGGCGGCAGCUAUGGCGGGUCCUGCGAGAAUCGCACCUUCUUCUCAAACAAUGGUGUCCUCUCCAGCUUUCUCUCCGCCGAGGCAGUCGUCGGAAGUUUCGUCCAAUUCUUCCGAACAACCUGAUUCUAUUAGUCGAGCUUUGAGUUUCUCCAGAAAUGGCGAUUCUCAGUCUGCGGAUUUGCUGAAGAGUGAGGAGUAUCGCCAGCUUUUUCGCCUGCCUUCUGAAGAAGUUCUUUUGCAGGAUUUCAACUGUGCAUUACAAGAAAACAUUCUUCUUCAGGGUCACAUGUACUUGUUUGAGCACUACAUCUGCUUUUACUCCAACAUAUUUGGAUUUGAAACAAAGAAAAUAAUCCCUCUUCAAGAUGUUACAGCUGUACGAAGAGCAAAAACUGCUGGAAUCUUUCCUAAUGCUAUUGAAAUUGAGGCUACUGGGAAGAAGCACUUUUUCGCUUCUUUUUUGUCCCGCGACGAAGCUUUUAAGCUUAUUGAUGAUGGUUGGUCAAACUACGCUAAUGGUCCUAAAGUGAUGUUGGAUCAACAGGAUUCUAAAUCUGAGAGGAUAUCCCAGUCAAAUGCACAGACUCCAGCUGAGACUGCCAACAACUCUGAUUCCUCAGUUAGUGAAUGUGAUUCAGAUGAGAGGAACUUGGAAGUGUCAACAGCAGAAGAAAUCAAACUCCCUCCAGAUCAUGUGCAUGAUAAUGCUAUGUCAACUGUCCAGGAAACUCCUCAUGUUUUGGAAGAGAAACAAGAUGAUGCAGAGCCUUCUACUUCUUCACGGUCUAUCAAUUGGAACCUGGAAACUCAGGAAGCUCCUGAAAUACCUAAAUGCUACACCAAGGUUGCAGAGUCCAAGUUUCCGAUAGAUGUUGAGCAGUUCUUCAAUCUUUUUAUUUCUGAUGAUGCUGUUGGGUUUGUUAAAUCCUUUCAUAACAAAUGUGGAGACAAAGAUCUUAGGUGCACCUCGUGGUCGCCUCAUGACAGGUUUGGAUAUACUCGUGUGAAAACUUUUCAGCAUCCUAUUAAAAUAUAUUUUGGUGCGAAAUGUGGUGGUUGCAAGGAGACCCAGAACUUUCAGGUUUACAAGUGCAGACAUCUGGUUAUCAAGACUUCCCAGGAAGUGAGUGAUGUCCCUUACGCAGACUACUUUAUUGUUGAGGGACGCUGGGAUGUGCAGAAAGACAAUGAUCAAUCUGAAGGGUGUAUUUUGCAAGUGUAUAUGAAUGUGGCUUUUUCUAAGAAAACCAUGUGGAAAGGUAAAAUAGAGCAAUCAACAUUAGAAGAAUGUCGAGACGUUUUCGCAAACUGGAUACAACUUGCACAUGAAAUGUUAAAGCAGAAUAUUGAGAAAACAGAAGAAGAUGCUCUACUUAAUACGCUCCAGGAUGGCCAAGUUGAUCAGCGAGUUUCUGAACAACCUGCAAAAAACAUGGAAAGGAGCGCUGAGCCUCAAAGGACAAAUGAUACUGUAGCCAACUCAUGGGGAACUCCUGAACAAAUUGGAAAUAACAUACGCGGGAAUCUGCUUCCUGCUACUACUACGGUUAUGUCUACAUUGAGAGCAAUUGCAGUAAAGUUUUGCACAUCUCUGAGAAGUCAAGGCAACCUCCAACUCUUUUUGGUGUUUGCAUUUCUAAUUAUCCUCCUAUUAAUGCAGCUCAGCAUUGUGGUGCUUCUAAGUAGACCACAACCUGUUCAUCUAAUUCCUCAAGCAGAUUACAUGAGUUCUGUGGGGCUGGGGGCUGGUAAUAGAGCAGCAGAAGCAAUGGCUUGGAUGGAAAAACGAGUACACCUGCUUAAGGACGAGAUGCUUGUGGUUGAGGCCCAACUUGAAAGGAUGAGACAUGAACAUAUUAUGUUAAAAUCACAAUUGAAGGACCUUGAGGGUUUAUAUAAGCAGCAGAGAUGACAAUACCGUGAUCCCCUGUAUAUUCUUUUAUCAAUCCCGUUAUGGUUCUGAGUCAAUAGCUUUAUUCUUGCCACUGAAGAAUUGAUCUUGUAUGUAUCAGGUGGCGUGGAUGACACUUGCAUUUUCUUAACACGUGAGAGUCCUCCUUGACGUUGUAUCUUACAUGUAAUGUCGACAUGCUAUAAUCAAGCUCAACCUCAUGAUCUUUUGUAUACCCCCCUAGACUGUUAUUUUGAGGACUUGUGGUCAGUUUGUAAACAAAUACAAUUGUAAAAAUCUGUAUGGAACAAUUUGGGAGCAUCGAACGAGCUAGGCAUGCAGCUGGCCACCGAGAGCUAAUACAUCCUGCAGUACACAGAACGCCAAUAAACACGAGUUGAUGAGUACCCUUUGAUUGGCAAUCCAGAAAAUCUACGAUUUUCUUCCCCUUUUAUUUUUGUGACCGCUGUUUGUGCAUGGAAUUUCAAUCCACAUGCAGGAUUCAAUUAUCUUUCCUCGUUGGCCAACUGAAUGAUGGCUCAGUGUGGCUUUAGAUUCAUUUCGCAUGUCAAUAGAGACCAUUUACUUGUACUUCAAAUGUUCUUGUUUCAUGUCAUGAUGCAGUUCCUUUUCAAAUAUAGUCAUAUUUUACUGUUGUAUUUGAUAGCUUCACAUUUGGUUUUUUAUACUUGUAAGUUGUAAUCUUUGUAGUCUAUGAGGACAAUGAGGUUGAUAGUAAUUACUAUGAGCACAGUUUAAUAAUGUAGCAAUGUUGAGACUUGAAGGUGCU